AUGGAGACGCAGCUCUCUGGUAUUUACCUGGCAACAACCAGUGUUCAGUACGGUUGUGAGCGCCAGCGACAGCAGACGCUGAAGGUCCAUGAGAAGUCCACCUAUGCUGGGAGGAUACAAGCCAAGCAGGCUAACCUGAGGCAGGAGCUGAGACAGGGGCAGAAUGAGGUGUACCCCACCUCCUGCAGCAAGGCUGUGUCCACCCUCAGGGAUGAUCCGGCAUGGAGGAAAGCUGCCAUCCUGAACUCCAAUGACAGGGAGAAUAUUAGUGAGUACAUCACUAAGAAGAGAGAGAUGUUUCUCAUUGAGUACUCCCUGGCUGUGAAGAGGGAGGUGAUUCACAAGCUGGCCGAGGUGGCCACCAAGGAAGAGAACAGGCUGCAGCAGGCGGAGACAUUUCUGGACGAGGACACGGCCAUGUUUGAUGAGUUCCUCGAGGAGAAUGACAAGAACUCAGUGGAGGCAAUCAAAAUUGCUGAACACGAGACCAAAGCCAAACUGGAGAAGGUUGCAAAGAUCAAGAGGAUCUCAGGCAAAAUGGUGGCAGUGAAAAGUGACAUCUCCAAGAACGAGGAGAUCCUGAAGGAGUACACCCUGUACAAUGGCUUCCUGCUGAAGCUGUCCCCUACAGAGUGGCAGGAGAGACAGCAGGCUCGCAGGGCCAUGGUGGACAAGAUCAAAGCUGCCAUCAAGGAGAGGGAGGCUCAGCUAGCCGAGCCAGCCAAACCCGGCAGACAUAGAGAGAGUAUGGCCAGGGACCUGCCUCCUGUAUGUGACCCCAGGACUCCCCAGAGACAGAGUAUGAUGGGAACCAGAGAGAGCAUCAAGCCGAAGGAGGUUACAGUACCGGUGGAUGAGAGCAAACUGCCUGAAUAUGAGGAGCCGGAGCUGUUCUUCACUGACCCUCAGCAGCUGUUGGACCUGCUGACAGACCUGGAGAAGCAGAACCUGACUCUGAUCCAGAACUCCAGAGAGACAGAGGAGACCAUGGAGGAGUUCAAACACACUAUGGACAACACCCGCAACAAGAUGGACCAGGAGACAGAGCAGUUGACCCAGCAGAUUGACAUAAUUGCCCAUGCCAUCCAGAGAGAGAAGGACACUGCUGCUGAGCUGGAGCUCAAAUCACGACUCUUCUCCCUUGGGAAAUACAUGGCAGAGGACCAGGAUAUGAUGCUGGAGGCCCUGGGCAGGAAAGUGGCUGAGGUGUACAGGAGCUAUGCAGGGGAGAGUGGGGCCAACCUGACCACGCUGCAGAUGCUGACCAACAUCGAGGGCCACCUGGGGGAGUUGCUGGAGAAGGUGGAGCUGGUUCCCAAGGACCGCGUGCUCAUGGCCGAGAGGGCCAAGGAGAAGGAGAGGAGACUCAGGCUAAGGGUGGAGAAGGUUCGUGUGCAGAAGAUGCACCAAGAGGAGCGCCUGCGUAAAGCCCUGGAGAGAGCUCAGUCUGACACCAAGAGACCUACGGGGAAGAAGCUGAUGCCUCGCUCACUACCUCCGGUGACUGAGCAGUUAGUGAACAAUGAUGACGGAGACACUGACAUGGAGAAGGAGAAGCAGCUCUACUUCUUCACCUGA